AUGACUGAGAAGAUGAAGCUGAAGGGAUAUGAGAGCUUUGCCAAGUUUUUGGAAGAAGAAGGGAACAAAGGUGUUGGAGAAGGAGCCAAGAAGACGACUUUUGUACUGUACACUGGGUCUACUGAUUCUGAAGGGAAAAGUUGGUGCCCAGAUUGUGUUAAAGCUGAACCAGUAAUUGAGGAGACUUUCAAACAUGCUCCAGCAGGAACCAGACUGGUGAUAGUUGAAGUUGGAGAACGCCAUGAGUGGAAAAAUCCGGAAUGCCCAUUCAGAACUGAAAGAAAAUUGAACUGUGUCCCAACAUUGGCCAAACUUGGAACUGAAAAGGUCCUUAGAGAAGCUGAGUGUGCUGACCCAGAGCUGCUGAGCAUGUUGCUGGAAGAUUAAUAAUUGUGAUUUUAAAAAGCAAGUUCUUCCCUUAAUUUUACAAAUCCUGCACGCGUGUGAUUUCCGAGAACCGUUGGGGCUCGUCUUAUUUAUGUAUGGGUUUUGAUAGGUCAUGCAAUGGGUUACUCAUGGGUUAUUCUGUUUUGUUUUGGCGUGCAUACAUGAUUAUUUGUGUAUUUGCAUAUUGGAAUACCAAGAAGGAGUUGUGGCAGGAAA